UUGACAUUUUAAUGCAUGCUAGUGCAAGUCUUGGUGUACCGUUAUUGUUGAAGUUAAUGAAUUGCAUGAAUGAAGUGAUUUUUGGUUUCUAAAGUUAGAUUUACAGUCUCAGAUGCAUAAUGAUAUCCAGGUAAGAGAUGAACUUGAACAACUUCUAGAUGACGAUGAUGACAUGGCAGACCUCUACUUAUCAAGGAAACUGGCUGGGCCUGCUUCUCCUGUAAGUGGUUAUGGUGUGUCUAAUUGGUUUCUAAACUCUCCUACAGCAGGCUCGAAGGUUUCCAGAGUAAGUAGGACAAGUGUGGGAACAAUCCAUGGAGAAAAUGAUGUUGAGGAACUUGAAAUGUUGCUUGAGGCAUACUUUAUGGAAAUUGAGAGCACGAUGAACAAACUGACCGUGUUGCGUGAAUACAUUGAUGACACAGAGGACUACAUCAAUAUUCAGCUGGACAAUCAUCGAAAUCAGCUGAUUCAGCUAGAGCUCUUCUUAAGCUCUGGUACUGUUUGUUUGUCUGUCUAUUCUCUGGUGGCUGCAAUAUUUGGCAUGAAUAUCCCUUAUCAAUGGAAGGAAGGCCAUGGGCAUGUAUUUAAAUGGGUGGUCAUUCUUACCGCUGUUGCUUGUGGAUCUCUUUUCCUAUCAAUAAUUUCUUAUGCUCGGCACAAGGGACUUGUUGGAUCUUGAUAUUUACAUAUCGAGUUUUGAGGGAGUGACAAAAAAGCUCAGAUUACCAGGAGCAUGCUGCCACAUCUCUCUUUCCAAGCUUUGGGUGGCUUUAAAAUACUAUCAACAACUCGAUCCAUCCAUUUUCAUGUGUUAGUUAGUUGAUCUAUAUUUGCUCAUGGAAAGCUUUGAAGCGCAGAAGGCGAUUAAAUUUUGGCCUACAUACAUAUGUGUCAAAGAUUCAAUCUUUCCUAAAAAUGCAGAUUCAAACCAAUGUUUUUGGCCUUUUGGGUUCUACAGUACCAGUAUUGAGGCAGAACUAUACUUGGGUUUGGGGAUGCCCAUGUCUCAAAUUUUGCUUCUUCCCCAUAGAAUUUUACAUAAAUAGUUAUUUGGCUCCCCUGAAGUAAUAAUA